UCGACAUCAACACCAACACAACAACCGCAACAACCACCAAAACCCCGUCCAGAACAACGUAAACCACAAUAUGAAUUAAAAUAUUCGUUAGUCGGUCACCGUAUGUCAGUUUCCAGUGUUAAAUUCUCACCUGAUGGCAAAUGGUUAGCCAGUUGCUCUGCCGAUAAAACGAUCAAAAUCUGGCACGCUUUAGAUGGAAAAUAUGAAGCCACAUUAGAAGGACAUACACAAGGUAUUUCAGACGUUGCUUGGUCUUCUGAUUCACAAAAUCUAUGUUCAGCAUCAGACGACAGGACCAUUCGUAUUUGGAGUUUAGCCACUCGCGAUACUGUCAAAGUGCUGAAAGGUCAUACAAAUUAUGUCUUUUGUGUGAAUUACAAUCCUCAAUCAAACUUAAUCGUUUCUGGAUCGUUCGAUGAAAAUAUUAAAAUCUGGGAUGUGAAAAAAGGCAAAUGUAUGAAAACGUUACAGGCGCAUUCAGACCCUGUGUCAGCCGUGCAUUUCAACAGGGACGGUACGAUGAUUGUGAGCUGUAGUCAUGACGGCGUGAUUCGUAUUUGGGACACAGCCAGCGGACAAUGUCUAAAGACACUGGUUGAUGAUGACAACCCACCUGUGUCCUUUGUCAAAUUCUCACCCAACGGUAAAUAUAUCCUUUCCUCCACAUUAGACAAUACUUUACGGCUAUGGAAUUACCACAACGGUCGAUGUCUUAAAACGUAUCAAGGACACGAAAACAACAAAUAUUGCAUUUUUGCCAGUUUCAGUGUGACAGGUGGCAAAUGGAUCGUGAGUGGAAGUGAAGAUCAUUGUAUUUAUAUUUGGAAUUUACAGACAAAAGAGAUAGUGCAGAAGCUAGAGGGACAUUCAGAUGUCGUUCUUUGCAUUGCUUGUCAUCCUACGAUGAAUAUUAUUGCGUCGGGUUCUAUUGACCAAGACAAAUCCGUGAAGCUUUGGUUUGACAAAUCACAGCCUUCAUCUGCAGCAUCGAAUCUCAUUCAACAGUAAUACUAAGUAGAUCUUACCUCACAGCGAACCCUCCUAUAGUACACUUACUUUCAUUAAUAAAAAAGGAUGCUAAUCAAAUGAAUUUCCAUCAAAAUAGUAUACAUAGAAUGUUGCUGUUUUGGUUAUAUUACGGUUAUGUUGAGAUAUUUUCAGCACUUUAGCAUUGGAUCAAUACAAAAAGAACAUGAAUCACCAUUUUCGGUUGUCAGCAACAAUCUCAGUUUGAAGUUUUUACCUUUUUUUUUGAUUUAGAACAAAUUUGAUGGUAUAACCCCUUUCUUGCGCUUCAACUACUGCCAAAAAUACAGUUUUGCAGAGAAGACUCAGGCACAUUUUCUCAAAUUGCAAUGGUAUUACU